AGAACUAUGCACCCUUUCAGAGAACCAAACUUACAGGAGUUAAGUGGCUGCUGAUAGGAGACUCAAUGAUCACAGCCGACCCCUGGCUCAUUCUUCAUCUCCUAGUUUUAAAAACUUUCCCUGGAGACAGCAGAGAUAAACGGAUGCCCUGCUGGAACCAUUCAUCACGGCCAGAUCCACUCAUCCCCUCCUACUACGUCCUCAUUGUGCCAACAACUCUGCACCAUUAAGGACAACAUUUUUCUACAGCUGCAAGGAGUGAAUGCUGAAGACGAGGCCUGGCAGGAAAUUGGAGUUACCAGAAGCAACACAACGGAAACUUUGAAAGACAGAAAUUACAUCUUAGGAGACAAACCGUCUCUGGAUGAGCUUCAAUGCAAUGUGACUGAAUGUGUUUUGCUGAAAUAAUCAUGAUAUAUUGCUGUUGACUUUACAACACUAGUGCUUAUUUCUGAUUAAGUCAUCUGGAUUCACAGAGAACCUGAGCUUCACAUCAAUGACUUCUUGUGCUUAAACUCUAACAUUAGAACAGACGAAGGCAAAGGAAUCCUUUUACUGUAAUAUUAGAUUAGGAGGCCUUGUAGGCUGAGAUGGCCAACCACUACCAGAACAACAUAUAUCACCAGGGAGGGGAGGACAGCUACGGUACCUAUGGAGAAGGAGGUGGCCAGGAUGGCUACGGAUACCAAACAGACUACCCUGCUCAGGAAGAGGAUGCAGCGAGCGAUGCGACCGAAGGACACGAUGAAGAGGAUCAGAUGUAUGAGGGAGAAUAUCAGGGGAUCCCACAUCCUGACGAGGUGAAAGCUGCACAGAGAGCUGCAAGGGCCAAAGCUCGGACAGAUGGAAGUGCAGUCUCUGAACUGGAGGAGUUAGCUGAGCAGUAUGAGGACAUAAUGGAAGACUGCGGCCAUGGGAGGUUCCAGUGGACGCUGUUCAUGGUCCUGGGUUUAGCGUUGAUGGCUGACGGGGUCGAGUGUUUUGUGGUCGCAUUCGUUCUGCCAUCUGCAGAAAAGGAUUUGUGUCUGUCCAAUGCAGAGAAAGGAACGCUGGGUCUGGUCGUCUUCCUGAGCAUGAUGGUGGGGGCCUUCCUGUGGGGCGGUCUGGCAGACAAAGUGGGCCGUCGGCGCUGUCUGAUCGUGGCCUUGGCGAUAAACUGUGUGUUUGCCUUCCUGUCCUCAUUUGCUCAGGGCUACGGUUUCUUCCUCUUCUUCAGGCUGCUGUCUGGCGUCGGCAUUGGUGGGACAGUGCCGAUCGUGUACUCCUACUUUUCCGAGUUCCUUCAGAUGGAUAAGAGAGGAGAGCACCUGUCCUGGCUGUGCAUGUUCUGGAUGAUCGGUGGGAUCUACGCCUCCUUCACUGCCUGGGGAAUCAUCCCCAGAUAUGGUUGGGGGUUCGGCAUGGGCACAGAGUUCCAGUUCCACAGCUGGCGGGUCUUUGUGCUUGUUGCAGCUCUUCCUGCCAUCACCUCUCUGGUGGGACUCACCUUUAUGCCUGAGAGUCCACGCUUUCUUCUGGAGAAUGCCAAACACGACGAGGCGUGGAUGAUCCUGAAGCAGGUCCAUGACACCAACUGGAGAGCCAAGGGACAGCCAGAGAAGGUGUUCACUGUGACUCACAUCAAGGCCCCAAAAACGGCCGAAGAUGAGUUCAUCGAGAUCCAGAGUGCAACAGGAACACCUGUGCAGCGAUGGGCUGUGCGCUCUCUCACUCUCUGUAAACUGGUACUUAGAAACAUGGCGUCGCUGCUGUCUGCAGAGCUGAGAUUAGGAACUCUCUUCAUGGCCAUCAUCUGGUUCUGCUUGGCCUUCAGUUACUACGGCUUGAGUGUGUGGUUCCCCGACAUGAUCAAACACCUCCAGUAUCAGCAGUACGAGGCCCAAGUGAAGAUCUUCUACAGAGAACGAGUUGAGAACUACGUCUUUAACUUUUCUCUGGAGAACCAAAUUCACAAAGAGGGAGAAUUCAUCAAAGACAAGUUCAUCAGUAUAGAGCUGAAGUCAGUGAAGUUUGAGGACUCUCUGUUUGAAGACUGUCUCUUUGAGGACAUCAGGUCCACAGACCUAGUGUUUGAGAACUGCACCAUCCGCUCCACCGUCUUCAACAACACAGACCUAUGGGAGGAGAAGUUCAUCGACUCCAGGAUGGAGAACACAACAUUUAAACACAACAAACAUGGAUGCCACCUGGACACGAUGGAGGAAAACGACGUGCUCAUCUACCUGGUCAGCUUCCUGGGCAGUCUGGCUGUGUUGCCAGGCAACAUCAUGUCAGCGCUCUUCAUGGAGAAAAUCGGCAGGGUCAAGAUCAUAGGUGGAUCCAUGCUUAUUUCUGCUGGCUGCACGUUCUUCCUGUUCCUGAGCUUCAGCCAACCAGCCAUGAUUGCUCUGCAGUGUCUAUUUUGUGGUGUCUGUGCGGCUGCGUGGAACGGAAUUGAAGUUGUGACUGUGGAGCUCUACCCCACUUCAAAAAGGGCAACAGCGUUCGGUGUGUUGAAUGCUCUGUGCAAGCUGGCCGCCGUCCUGGGCAGCUCCAUCUUCGCCAGCUUCGUGGGCAUCACCAAAGUCCUCCCCAUCCUGCUGGCCUUCGCGGCGCUCGUGUGCGGCGGCCUGGUGGCCCUCAAGCUCCCCGACACGCGACAGAAAAUCCUCCAGUGAUGCGUUUGAAGCCCUCAGUGGGGGUGUGGGAGGGAAACACACCCACUUGGUGUUCCAAGCUGUUUGACUCUGACUUCAGGCUUCACUCGAGAAAGGAGGCAAGAAAAGCAAAAACAGAGAUAACUCAGCUAUUCAUGUCAAAGACAUGCGCUUUCUUUCUUCAUUUGGACCACCUUCAUUUGUACAGAUCUGAGAGGGGGAAGGAGGGAGGGUGUGAUGAAGUCUGAUCCACAAAAUCCACCGAGACACUGAACUUACUAAUCGUUUAGCGAAGUUGAUGAAGUUGAUGGUAAUUGGGAGGCAUAAAUCACACAAUCCGUCUUCUGUUUUCUUUUUCUCUGCUGCGGCUUCACGCCUGAUGUGCAACAGUCAUCUUCCUCUGCUUUUGGCAAACAAUCACAUGCUUGUUGAAACUGUCAAAGAACCUUGUUGAAGUUUUGAAUCCUCAAUAGUUUAAAAGCAAUGUUUAUAACAUCCCACAAAGCUUUAAAAAGUAAAUAGUUUGAAAUGUUACCGCAGUAAAAAGCGGUGACUUCCAGACAGUUUAUGCUCUGAUAACCAGCUACUGCAGGGGCUCCGAUAUGUCAUCCUGUCAAAGCUGCUCUCCUGUCGCCAUCCUUUACAUCCUUUACGCUCCGACACACCAGUCACAGCUGUUUUAAUGCCAAGCCUCAUUCCAGAGACUGUAGAUGGAGGUGAGAGGCGUUUGUGGUGAGAGACAGAAACUAUCCUGUUUCCACAGAAUCACCAGAGGUGACAUAAGGACAUGUCGUGUGCAGAAAAUCAAUAACAGAGGUUUUUUCUUUGGUUGACUAACAUGCAGAUAUGACAUUGAUGCAUCUCAAAACACCACAGUCACUACAAUCAUUUAUUCAUUUGAAGGUUUGAUCAACACGAAAUCCUUUUAUUUAAAAAGUGUUUCCAAGAGUAGGAGUCAUAUAUAAAUUGUCCAUUUCUCUACAUUCAAUCUUUCAUAGAAAAAGUUGUAAACCUGCAUCAUAACGGCAGCAGCUGAAUACAUGUAUGUAUAACUAAUUAACCUGCUGGGCAUGUGUUUUAAAUCACCAGAGAACUGAAUUCCUGAACUUUCUGCUCUUGGAGAGCUUUUCUCAGGAAAGCUUGUCUUAGCUUUUCUCUGAAACUGGAACACUGGUUAUUUUUACAUCCACAGCAAUAUUCUGACUAUGGACCUCAUUCUAAAUACACUGAUUUUUAACUUUAUUAUAAUAUUCCUGCUCAGAUGUUGGAGAGAAUUAACAGGUUAAUGACUCCACCCCUGUUACAUCUCUCCGCUCCUGCAGAGUUUGCAUCUCUCUAAAACCUCAUUAUGUCCACUUUUCCCAAAAAGCAGAGCGUCGGCUUCUCUCACUCCAAAAGCACUUUCCUCUUCUGCCCUGACUGGUGUUCAGAGAGAUCUCAGAUCUCUGAACAAGGAAACAGUUUCAGACCAGGAAGAACCUGACUGCUGUCAGGGGUCAGGAAAUCAGGUAAAAACCCUGACGUCUAAAUGUUACGUCAGUCCCUAAAUCUUUCUUCGUUUACAAAAGCUGGUAGAUUGAAAAUAAUGUAAAGUUGUGUUUCAUUUUUCUGUUUUGAAGGUACAACCUACACACUAUUAACAAGUACAGUACGUGGUAAGGCGACAUGCUUCCAAAUCUCGUCAUUAUUGUGUAAUAAAUCAGCUAUAUACAACAUAAUGUGGGUAAGACUGCAUCAUCACGCACAGCUUAUAGUAUUUCCUCUAAUAAAAGCUGAGGUUUUUAUGUACUUUAACUGCUCAAGGUAGCAAGUUAUUACAUGUAGACCUUUAUUUUUAAUUCUCAUUCUGGGAACAGAGAGCAUAGAUGUGUGUGCAUGCAAAUCAUCUCACUGUCUUUUUAUUAGUAUUUUAAAAAACUGUGACUUGCUUUGUUAUUGUUGUUUCUGUACUUCCGUAAUUCCAUAAACGUGUAAAGGAAAAUUAGGCUUUUCCAUGACUUCUGUGCUGCAGCCAGGAGGAGGCAUUUUCUUACAUUGAUCACUAGGUGGCGUAGUCUGCAUAUUUUUAAGUGACUUUGGACAAGAGUUGCUAAACUAAGCCGUUACUACAGACAUGUUGCUGAAAAUCCUUCUGUUCUUAGCAGAGCUUUUCUUUUUUCAGUGCAGCUCAAAAUAAAUCCAACAGCCCCUCUGAAGAUAAUACAUCACUCCAAUGGACAAAAAACUAAAAAUAUUUACUUCACUGCAACAAAAUGUUAAAACAUACUAAUUUCAUUUGAAAAAUUGAAUACAAAUAAUAUUGUUGAUUGAUAUUAAGGAUGUGUUCAAAUCUUUUCUCCGUUCACUUUUUUAUGACCCCUGUGUGUUCAUGCCAACCAUGUAAAUAUAAAAACAUGCUUUUACUUGAAUCUCAGUUUUUUUUGAGGAAAUACUUCAGUAACCUUAUUUGUUUAAGAUAAACAUGAUUUACAUGACAUCAUCUUAUUCAGAGCUUGCUCUUAAGUUCAUUGUGGAAUAUUGCUGAGCAGGUAAAUAUACUCGUUUUUAGAUUAAUACUUCCUCCUGUUUUUUUUCCUGGCAUAUUCUGAAGCUGGUCUGUGGGCCUAUUUUGACACAUGAAUUCAUUCCUUUUUUUGUGAUUGAUGGAUUAACCAGCGUUACCGGCGCGGCACAGCCUUGUUUGAAGUAAGAACAGGCUGGAUUCUGUUCUUUUUCUUUCUUUUACCUCAAAAAUGAAGGUUUUAAUUUCAGAUGAUCUACUUAAACUACUUGUGUGACGUAGAUGUAAACGAUCAGCGUUAGUGUAGUUGUGAUGCUGGGCUUUGAGUGACGGCGUGAACGUGCUCCACCACUGUCAGCAUUCAGCUUUCUACUUUACCUAGAAGUCUUCUCCAAAAUCGCUGAUCCUCUACUCAUUUCUAAUUGUUUAUACACAAACAUGUUGCAUUUUAGUGAAGGACACAUUGUAUGUUUUUAACUGUUUUUGGUGAAUUGAAAUUCUGAUGUUUUCUGUGGAAAGAUUUUAGUGAAAUUAACUUUAACUGACUUAAAAUGACUAUGGUUUAUUUAGAGGGAAGGUGUUUUGAGUCUCUGCGUCUGAGUAUAAACAAAUCACUGGCAUGUCUCUGCUGCUGCUUGCCAGUCGUCAUUUUAACACCUCACUGCAUCAAACUAACAGAGGUAUCUUACUGGACCAACGGCUUAUCUGUUUACUCAAGUCCAACACUGUGUGUCUUGUGCUGUGUGUCCUGCAUGAGUACUAUCACGUCUGUGUACUGGAGCUCAUUUGAACUGCAAAAGACAAAAUAUAGCUGUGUACUUUGACUUUUUUUGUCUGAUCUGAGUUUACGGAGUCGAAACAGCUAAUUGUGUUGUUAAAAUGUCCACCUUCCUGCUUGUACCUGUUCUCAUGUUCACUCUGAUCCUGACACGAUCAAUGGCACCGACCUGAAAAUACUUACAGAAUUACGUAGUGGUCGAACCUUUUAGUUGUAAGGUCUUCCCUUUUGUAAGUUGCUGUUGAGGUUUUACUACACAGUUACUGAUCUGCAAGCGGGUUUUAGUUUCAGUGAUUUGUACCACGAGGCAAAGGAGAGAAUGCGAGCACUGAAUCUAUUAAACACAUUCACAUGAAUGUGAAAAGAUCAUUUUUAUUUUUGCACUUGAAAUAUUGCAUUGGUGCUUAGAAAAACAAAAAAAAAAGUUCCUGAUGAAUAAAAUAGAUAUAAUGAAUUGAGAAAUCAAGACUUAUUCCACAUUAGCAGUAGCUGAAACAUCUCUUUGGGGAAAAUCAGAUUAAUGACUGCAUGAUUAAAAUUCAAGUUGCAGGUCCUCUGUCUUUUUUUAUUGUGACCCUAACCUUGUUUCCAGUUUUCCUGGUUCCCCUCUCUGAACACGGUACUGUGUGUGCAGUUGAGCACACUACGUCCUUCGUUUUUUUCGUUGUUCGCUUUGGUUGUGGUUUGAUGGUGGCUCUUCAAAGACUGCAUGUCUGUCUGUGUUUUCAACAUUAUGUGUAUGUUUAACAUGGUCUGAGUCUGAACUGUGUUUUUACUUAAUAAAAGAAGGAAAGAGCAGCACUGUGGCACAGAUCAAUGAUCACUGGCUGGUUCUCUGCAUGCCUCUGACUCUAUUCCGCCAUGGCUCCUUGAUGUUCUGUCAGCUUUUUGCUGCAACUCUGAAGCUGCAGGAUGAGAAUCUCCUGUGACAGACCGAUAACUUCACUCAGCACCUUCAUUGCUGAUUUAUUUUAUGUGAUGUAUUUUUGAGAUUGUUUUACUAUUUAUUUCUUUAAAUGCUGCGUCCAGUCUGUUUGUUCAAGAAUAAAACGUAGUCUGUUGAGACUGAAUGAA